UGGUUCCCGGCCGGAAAGAAACAAAUCUCCGAGUCGAUUCCGGGGAGCAACAACGGCGAGUCAGCGACGGCGAUUGAUUCAACACCAAAACCGUAAUCGAAUCAUCCGGGGAAGAUGGAAUUUUGCCCAACAUGUGGGAAUAUGUUACGGUACGAGAGGAGGGGAGGUUCUAGAUUCUUCUGUAUGACAUGUCCGUACAUCGCCUGCAUUAAGCGACAGGUAGAGAUAAAGAAGAAGCAACUUCUUGUUAAGAAACCCUUAGACCCUGUCGUGUCUAAAGAAGAUAUACCAAAGGGAGAUGAAACUGAAGCUGUAUGCCCGAGAUGCAACCACGACAGAGCAUACUUCAAAUCAAUGCAGAUUCGCUCAGCUGAUGAGCCGGAGUCGAGAUUUUACAGAUGCUUGAAGUGUGAAUUGACUUGGCGUGAGGAAUAAGUGGCUUCAACCCUAGUGCCUAAACGUUUUCACCUCAUCAAAAUUUUGAUACAGUCCCCAACCCUCUUGCUUUAAAAUGUAUUUUCUGCCUUUUUUUGUCAACUCGUGAACAUUUUUUUUUUGUGCGAUGAUGAUUGAUGAGUGUGCAUUUCAAUUCCUCUUGAAUUCCCAUCUUCAAGUCGUUACUA